UCUCCAUCUCUCUCUCUCACACACACAGACAUAUCCCUCCAACAUGUCUUCCUCAACAUUCACCUCCUCUCUCUACCUUCUUUCCUUCACUAUUCUUAUCCAAAUUGUCAUUGGAGUCAACCCUCUCUUCCAUUUUUGUUCAAGUCCUGAAAAUUUCACAGCUAAUAGCCCUUAUGAAUCAAACUUGAACAAGCUUAUGAGCUAUCUCUACCUCAAAACCCCUGCAACAGGGUUCGGUGUUGGCUCAAUGGGACAAUACCAUGACAUAGCCAACGGCCUCUCUCUCUGUCGUGGUGAUGUCAACUCCACAAACUGCGCUGCCUGCGUUGCUGAAGCCAGUGGCGAGAUUCGCAAACGCUGCCCAUACAACAAAGGAUCGGUCAUAUGGUACGAUAACUGUCUCGUAAAAUACUCAAACACCGAUUUCUUCGGCAAAAUUGAUAAUGGAAACAGGUUCUACAUGUGGAACUUGAGAAAUGUGAGCAACCCUUUGUCAUUCAACCAAAAAACCAAAGAUUUGUUGAGUCAGCUAUCUCAACAAGCUUUUGUAGCACCAAAAAUGUACGCUACCGGAGAGUCGGAGCUUGGAUAUUCAGAGAAACUCUAUGGGUUGGUUCAAUGCACUAGAGAUCUUUCUAGUGUUGAUUGUAAGAAGUGUCUUGAUGAAAUCAUAAGUGAGCUUCCAAGUUGUUGUGAUGGGAAAGAAGGUGGGAGAGUAGUUGGAGGGAGUUGUAACUUCAGAUAUGAGAUUUAUCCAUUUGUGAAUGCUUAGAGCAUAUCACAGUUUGUGAUAUUACAAAUGAAUAAGUGUUAUAGGAACACUCGAGGAAGAAUGGAUAUAUAUUUUGCCAACUUAUUGGUAUUUGCUGCCUGUUUUGGCUUUCUUAUGUAUUGUUGAAUAAAAUGCAUCUCUAUGA